CCCCGUGCCCUGCUCACACCGUAGCUGAGUACGAACCUCGAAUCGGCGCCUCAUGGCCAAAACCGGGAAGAAGCCGCUCAAGAAGGCUUUGGAGCCCACGGUGGUGAUUGAUGUUGGAAGCGGAAAGUGCAAGGCGGGCAUUGCCGGCGAGGAACACCCCACCUGCGUGUUCACCUCCAUCAUCGGUCGCCCCAAGACGGAGAAUGUCAUGCAAGGCUCCGGUGAUAAAGCUUACUACGUUGGAGAGGAUGCUCAAGCGAAGCGUGGCAUCCUAAAGAUCUCCUACCCAGUGGAGCACGGCAUCGUCCAGGACUGGGAAGAUAUGGAGAUCAUUUGGAAGCACACCUUCUUCAACCAGCUGAGAGUUCAGCCGACCGAACGGGCGGUGCUCCUAGCAGAAGCUGCUCUGAAUCCCAAGGCCAAUCGCGAACGAAUGACUCAGAUCAUGUUCGAGGUCUUCUACACACCCGCGAUAUACGUCUCGACACAAGCCGUCCUGGCGCUCUAUGCCUCCGGGCGCACCACCGGGAUUGUGUGCGACAGUGGCGAUGGUGUGACACACGUGGUGCCCGUCUACGAGGGGUUCCUGGUGCCUCAUGCCGUGGGCCGCGUACACUUGGCGGGUCGUGAGCUCACGGAGUACGUGAUGAAGCUGGUGGCCGAAGCAGGUCGGGCUCGGCCACACCGGCAUGUGCGACCCCAGCAUGUUGCUAGGCACUGCCCUCUCCACCAGUGCCGAAAGAGAAAUUGCUCGGGACAUCAAGGAGAAGGCUCAGUAUCUUCAUUUUGUGCGCGCACGCGGGACUCUACUGAAAACCGUGAAAACUGCCAGUGCUGCUAUGUGGCUGAGAACUACGAGGCUGAGUUGCACAAGGCAGAGACUUCCAAGGAAUGUACCAUGACGCAUGAGCUGCCGGAUGGCCAGACCGUCCAGCUGAACUCCGAGCGGUUUCGAUGUCCUGAGGCGCUCUUUCGACCCACCCUCCUCGGACAGCCCGAGACCGAGGGUAUCCACCUGCAGGUCUUCAACGCCAUCAUGAGGUGUGACCUCGAUGUACGGCGGGAUCUCUUUGUUAACAUUGUGGUGUCUGGCGGUUCCACAUGCUUCACAGGCUUUGGUCGACGCUUGCAACAGGAGAUCGCUGAGUUGACGCCCAGCACCGUGCGAAUACGCGUCCUGGCACCGGACGACCGGCGCUUCUCCGUGUUCAUCGGCGGCUCGAUGUUGGCGGAUCUCGACACCUUCACGGACAUGUGCAUUUCCAGAGAAGAGUAUUUGGAGCAUGGGCCAACCAUAAUCCACCAAAAGUGUUUCUGAAAACAA